AUGCCUUACCCAGUGACGAACGGCGUGACGACCUUCCUACCACCACCUGAGGGCUAUGUGGUGGACUUUGACAAUCCUCAGAAGCAAGAUGCCAUCGAACAUUAUCUCGUAUUCGCCAUUCUGGGACCCAUCGCGUUCCUGUUUCUAGUUCAGAGACUGUAUACAAAGUACUUCAUUCUGGGAAGCUGGAAGAUCGAUGAUGGGUCCAUUUCCAUCGGAGGUCUGUGCCAUCACGCAUGGGAAAUGCCAAUCGAAGUCUUUGAGAAGCACAUGCUCUUAUGGUUUCGACGAGUUGUAUAUGGAACCAUCACAUUUGUCGUUCUUUACACACUCAUCAUCUCCACGCUUCUUCUCUUUGGCUGCAACCCUAUCCAAACGGCAUGGGACCCUUUUCGGUUCGCGAGUGGAAAGUGUGCUGAUAAUGCUGUCGUGUACAUCAUCAUCGCCGUGGUCAACAUUAUUUCUGAUCUCAUCCUCUUUGUCAUUCCCAUACCCAUGAUUGCUCAACUGAAGAUGCCGUUGGGCCAGAAGAUUGGUGUGGCCAUCAUGCUUGGUAUCGCUACCAUAACAGUUGCAACUUCAAUUAUUCGAAUGAUCUACCUCCCCGCCCUCCUCGGAGCACUCGACAUCCCAUGGGUAGCUGCCCCUGCCAACGUCUGGUCGAUCGCCGAAGCCAACCUCUUCAUCGUAUGCGGUUCGAUGCCUACGUUGCGCAAAUUCUUCAAGCGUUUCGCACCAAAGUGGUUCGGUUCCUCGCCCACACCCGAAGAAGCUGUUGUCGUUGGGUCUGUGUCAGACCAGUCUUCCAGGUUUGGGCUAGAUAAGAAGAAAAAGAAGAAGCACACAGGGUAUUCGCAAUUUGACACGAUGGAGUUGGGAAAUUAUCCUGAUACUGUCAGUCAGGAAACCCAGGUGAUCGCUGGCAAGGUGGAUGAAGAGAACUUGGGAAAUGUUCUGUACAACUCAAGCGAGGAGGCGAUUCUACAGCAAAGCAAAAUUGCUUAUACCAAAUCGUUUGAGGUAUCACGCAGCCCAUAA